UCCGUAGAACGAUGGGGAUCUACAGUAUCUAUGGUUAUUACUACCACGCCUCAGAUAAACUCAAACACAGUGCUGCCUUCCCUCUCAACCCCGAGUCCUGAUGUACCAAGUUUACCAGAGUGUGCACCUCAGCAAGUAUGUAACGCUAUGUUCUUACGGCGGAAUCAAACUCAAACAUUAUGUAACUGCCCAUCGUCCUUUCCUAGUCCAUGUUCCGCAUCACACGACCAUAGAGAUGGCCACACAGUUCCGCUGGUAACAGAUAAACAAGGACAGGUUCUUACUAUGCUGAAAGUCUGUGAUGCAACGUUAACAAUAAGAAUCUGCAACGCGCCACGGGACUGGAUGCUACUAGCUCUUCAGAGCAUGCGCACAGGAAAAGCUCAUUACCUAUUGAUUUGUCAAUGUCCUACAUUAGGGGGACUCCUGGGGCCCAUUAGUCACGAGAAGCCGCCUUACGCCAACAUCCCUGGUCUUCGAGUUUAUGGCAUGAUUUGUUCACAAGAAGGAAGAGGGGCACGGAAAUCAAACAACAGAUAUCCAGAAGUUCCUUGGAACCGAAUCCUAGACUUCGUGAACAAUUGGAGUAUCAAGAUAUGAAUAUGUUCAUUUACCUUUUAUAUAACUGAACUUUGGCGCCAUCUAUUAGUAAAGUUACAAAUAAUCAUGCUUUUAUUCUUAAUUUUACUAAAUAUAUUUAAAACAGUCUUGGAUAACACUAGU